GUGUGUGUGUGUGUGUGUGUUUGUGGAGAGAGGCCCUUCCCUCCCCAGUUCCUGCAGCCUCGGCUCCCAAGGAGGGAGACCCCUGCGAGAAGCCGUGGGGGAGGGAAGGGCGCUCUGCGGCGGAAUGAAGUGGUCCUCGGCGUUCCCGCGUAGAGCCCAAUAUGGGUGUCCCUUGUUUAGGGCCGUUACCGAGUGUCCGGGUCGGUUCUUGAGGGUAUUUGGAGACGGGAUGCAUGGGUCACAUAGACAAGCCUCGAGAAUGGGAGCCGUUACAUUUUUGCACUGCCUGGUAACAAGGGAUCUUCUGCAGAAAUAGCGCUGGAAGCUAGAGUGAGGCCUGAGUACUGCCUUGGCCUAGGAUGGCUAGAGAAUUAAGUGAAAGCACAGCCCUGGAUGCCCAGUCUACAGAAGACCAGAUGGAGCUUCUGGUCAUAAAGGUGGAGGAAGAAGAAGCCGGUUUUCCCAGUAGCCCAGAUCUGGGUUCUGAGGGCUCCCGCGAGCGCUUCCGAGGCUUCCGCUACCCGGAGGCUGCAGGCCCCCGCGAGGCGCUGAGUCGGCUCCGAGAGCUCUGCCGACAGUGGCUGCAGCCUGAGAUGCACAGCAAGGAGCAGAUCCUGGAGCUGUUGGUGCUGGAGCAGUUCCUGACCAUCCUGCCGGGGAAUCUGCAGAGCUGGGUGCGGGAGCAGCAUCCAGAGAGCGGGGAGGAGGUGGUGGUGCUACUGGAGUAUUUGGAGAGGCAGCUGGAUGAGCCGGCGCCGCAGGUUUCAGGUGUUGACCAGGGGCAAGAACUGCUCUGUUGCAAGAUGGCACUAUUGACACCAGCCCCAGGGUCACAAAGUAGCCAAUUUCAGCUAAUGAAGGCUCUGCUCAAGCAUGAAUCUCUGGGAUCCCAGCCCUUACAAGAUAGAGUUCUCCAGGUCCCCAUGCUUGCCCAUGGAGGAUGCUGCAGAGAAGAUGCAGUGGUAGCUUCUAGGCUUACUCCAGAGUCCCGGGGGUUGUUGAAAGUGGAAGAUGUGGCCCUGACCCUCACCCCUGAAUGGACACAGCAGGAUUCAUCUCAGGGGAAUCUCUGUAGAGAUGAAAAGCAGGAGAACCAUGGCAGCCUGGUCUCCCUGGGUGAUGAAAAACAGACUAAGAGCAGGGACUUGCCUCCAGCUGAGGAGCUUCCAGAAAAGGAGCAUGGGAAGAUAUCGUGCCACCUGAGAGAAGACAUUGCCCAGAUUCCUACAUGUGCAGAAGCUGGUGAACAGGAGGGCAGGCUACAAAGAAAGCAGAAAAAUGCCACAGGAGGGAGGCGGCACAUCUGCCAUGAAUGUGGAAAGAGUUUUGCUCAAAGCUCAGGCCUGAGUAAACACAGGAGAAUCCACACUGGUGAGAAACCCUACGAAUGUGAAGAGUGUGGCAAAGCCUUCAUUGGGAGCUCUGCCCUCGUCAUUCAUCAGAGAGUCCACACUGGUGAGAAGCCAUAUGAGUGUGAAGAAUGUGGUAAGGCCUUCAGUCAUAGCUCAGACCUUAUCAAGCACCAGAGAACCCACACUGGGGAGAAGCCCUAUGAGUGUGAUGACUGUGGGAAGACCUUCAGCCAGAGCUGCAGCCUCCUUGAACAUCACAGAAUCCACACUGGGGAGAAGCCGUAUCAGUGCAGUAUGUGUGGCAAAGCCUUUAGGCGAAGUUCACAUCUCCUGAGACAUCAGAGGAUCCAUACUGGGGAUAAAAAUGUUCAGGAACCUGAGCAGGGAGAGGCCUGGAAAAGUAGGAUGGAAGGCCAGUUGGAAAAUGUUGAAACUCCCAUGUCUUAUAAAUGUAAUGAGUGUGAAAGAAGUUUCACUCAGAAUACAGGCCUCAUUGAACAUCAAAAAAUCCACACUGGUGAGAAACCCUAUCAGUGUAAUGCAUGUGGAAAAGGCUUCACCCGAAUUUCAUACCUUGUUCAACAUCAGAGAAGCCAUGUAGGGAAAAACAUCCUAUCACAGUGACCCAUGCCAUACAUGCCAGAGUUGGUGCUCAUUUGUCACUGAUCUGAAGCCACUCCCCCUGGAGUCUCAACUAUAGAAAUUGUGGGCUGAGCUUUAUUUACCACUACACAUUAUCAGGUGUUAGAAAAUGUAGACUGGGUUAGACAAAUUAUCUUCUAAGUUCUAGAAGGGGUUUGUAAUCAAAACAUAUUUGAUAGGAGGCUACGGGAGAGUUGUCUAGAAGAGGUAAGACCUGAAACUGUUUGUUCUCUCCCACUAGAAUUAAAUGGAUGUUUAGACUGGCUACUUGCCCUAAACCAGCACUUGGUGAUGUCUACUGGGUGGAUGGUUGUGAUUUGGGGGCUGCUUCUCUGACCAUUCUUUUUGACUGUAAUGAAUCCUCCACAGUUGGUCAGAUUCAUAAAGUCUUAUAUCCCCCUCUGUGCCUUUUCUGCAGGUGCUAAUAAAUGUUUAUUGAAUGUACCAGUGAGAUUACCUUCAUAGAUCUGAAAAUCUGAUGUUAUCCAGGUUUCUGAAGAACUUCUCGCCAAGGCCAUUUGUGCUUGUGUCCAAUUCUCUGACCUAGAUUGUGACUCAAUCUAGUGUGUUUCUUACCAAGUACAUACGCAGAGCAGGGUUACUGUGAUUGAAAGAAUCCAUUUUUUUUUUGGAGACGUAGUCUUGCUCUGUCGCCCAGGCUGGAGUGCAGUGGCACAAUCUUGGCUCACUGCAACCUCCGCCUCCUGGGUUCAAGCGAUUCUCCUGCCUCAGCCUCCUGAGUAGCUGGGACUACAGGUGUGUGCCACCAUGCCCGGCUAAUUUUUUAUGUUUUUAGUAGAGACGGGGUUUUACCGUGUUAGCCAGGAUGGUCUCGAUCUCCUGACCUCAUGAUCCUCCUGCCUCAGCCUACCAAAGUGCUGGGAUUACAGGCAUGAGCCACCAUGCCUGGCCAAGAAUCCAUAUUUCUUUACCAGACUAGGAAUUCUAUUCUAGUGCAAAUGCCUUAAAAAGCUUAUCACUAAAUCAUUAUGAAUGUGUGCCAUCCAUGGAAUUGCUUUUUUUUUUUUUUUUGUAAAUAUGAGGUCUCACUAUGUUGCCCAGGCUGGUCUCGAAAUCCUGGGCAAUCCUCCUGCCUCACCCUCUCAAGUACUGGAAUUACAGGUGUGAGCCACCAUACCCAGCCCAAAUUUCACUCUUUAAUGUUUUCCUGUUGCUAUUCUUUAAGGAAAAAACUUUCCUAUUCAGACAGUGUGAAAAUCAGUCAUCAAGUCAGAAUAAAAUGAUGAAUAUUCUAAUGCUCAGUAUCUUAGUUCUCUCGGGCCUAACCAAUGCCUCCUAAAACAAUCGAUACUAUCCUGCCCCACCCUACCACCCAACACACACUGUAUAGUAAACUGCAUCAAAACUUAUUCCUGCUAAGUUCAUACUUUCUCCAGCUCAAUGGAUUCACACCAAAUUUUUUUUUUUUUUUUUAGACGGAGUCAUCUCUGUCACCCAGGCUGGAGUGCAGUGGCGCGAUCUCGGCUCACUGCAAGCUCCGCCUCCCAGGUUCAUGCCAUUCUCCUGCCUCAGCCUCCCGAGUAGCUGGGACUAUAGGCGUCUGCCUCCACGCCGGGCUAUUUUUUUUUUUUAUUUUAUACUUUAAGUUCUAGGGUACAUGUGCACAACGUGCAGGUUUGUUACAUAUGUAUACAUGUGUCAUGUUGGUGUGCUGCACCCAUUAACUCGUCAUUUACAUUGGGUGUAUCUCCUAAUGCUUUCCCUCCCCCCUCCCCCCACCCCACAACAGGCCCCAGUGUGUGAUGUUCCACUUCCUGUGUCCAAGUGUUCUCAUUGUUCAAUUCCCACCUAUGAGUGAGAAUAUGCGGUGUUUGGUUUUUUGUUCUUGGCGAUAGUUUGCUGAGAAUGAUGAGACGAGGUUUCACUGUGUUAGCCAGGAUGGUCUCGAUCUCCUGACCUCGUGAUCCACCUGUCUCGGCCUCCCAAAAUGCUGGGAUUACAGGCGUGAGCCACCGCGCCCGGCCCAAGUAUCACUUAUGGUUUCAGAACGCCAUUAUUAGUGUCUGACUGUCUUGGUCUUCUUAUACAUUGAUUCCCAAAUCACCUGUGUGGUAACAGCAUCUCAAUUUUUCAUGAUGACGGUUUGAACCAUUAAUUUAAUUCCUCAGGCUAUCUACUUUUUUGUUAAACAUACUGUGUAGACCAUCUUUUUUUUUUCCCAUCAUGAUAGUCAAAAUUUUAGUCUUGUGUAUUCAAGUGAGAAAAUUUUUAGUCAGCAUUAUACAAGUAGUAUUUAUUAUGUAUACAUUCAGUGGAGUUGUUUCUACAAAAGUAUUUCGGAAUGACUAUUCUGCUGCAAACUUUUGUGUAAGCACUUCACCUUAUUCCUACAAUAAGGAGAAGUGCACUAACAAAAUGAACAAUGCAGCAAGGGCUUCAGUCGCAGCUCAGGUCUUAUCAAACACCAGAGAACCCUCAAUGGGAGAAGCCUUAUGAGUGUGACAACUGUGGAAAGACAGUUCCUUUUUUGUUAGUAUCACUUCUACUUAUUGUAGAAAUAUGCUUUCAUUAUUGCAUCUACUCACAUUUCUCACUCGGUUUCUGGCACCAGCAAUCUCUUCCAUAUUUAUAAUAUCAGUCAAAAACUCUGGAAUUCAAAUAUAACAAGACUUUUCUGGUCACCUUUGAUAGUUAAUGACUUGGGCAUUGUGAUAUAUUAUCUCCUGCUGUAUGUAUUUUGUUUAGUAGAAAUUGAAUCAUUAUCCAAAAUCCUUUAUAGAACUAUCCAAGUCCCUGUUUUUAUGCUAGUUUCCAAGGCUUGGUCCUUCAAGGUUUUCAGGGAUCUAGGGGACACAAAUCUAACAAAUCCUAAUGUAUAUUAUUUGUAUUAUAGUAAUAAACCAUAUGGUUACUUUG